AACAGCCAUGAUGAAUGUAAGGGGCUUUCAUACGAAGCUUUGGGAUUCAAGCGAUCUACUUAAUCCUGCUCAAAUACUGGUGGACCUUCAUUUCCUAGGGUUUCCAAACCGAAGAAGAAAUCAAGAAAGUGAAUCAGCAAUGUCCUCGCAUCGAAAGCGUCUCAUCGACGACGAACCCUCCCGCUCCACCUCCGGCAAGCGCCAGCAGCACAGCUCUCCUUCUCCUUCUCGCCGCCCGUCCUUUCCCUCCUACCUCGACAUCCCCAACCUACCACCCAAGAUCCGCCUUUUAUGCGAGAUCAUCGCCACUUCAACCUCCCUUGAAUCAUCCCUCAACGAUUUCGGCAUCCGCAUAUCCGCCAAUGACGUCGAAGAAGUCCUCAAGCUCUCCUAUUCCUACCCCGCCGCUGCUGUCAAGUUCUUCCGCUGGAGUGGUCCCCGUCUCCAUCACCAGCACUCCCCUUACUCAUGGAAUCUCGUUAUCGACAUCCUGGGCAAGAACCUCCUCUUCGACGCCAUGUGGGAUGCUGUGGCUUCCAUGAAAUCCGAAGGACUUCUUUCCGUCGCCACCUUCGCCUCCAUCUUCUCCUCUUUUGCGGCUGCAAGCCGCCCCGCAGAUGCAAUUGCUGCUUUCGAAUCCCUUUUGCGCCAACACGGCAUCCCCCAGGAUACCACAUCAUUGAAUUCCCUCUUGUCGGCGCUCUGUCGUGAAGGUUUCACGUUAGCUUCACUUGAGUUCAUCCGCCGUAGUCGCCUUGGAAUCCCGCUCGAUUCUGAUUCCUAUGCCAUUCUCCUUGAAGGUUUUGAGAAUGAGAGAAAUUAUCGGAGCGCGCGCGAGUUGUUUGAUGAAAUGAUUCUUGCGAUUGGUUGGGAUCCAAGCAAUGUUCCAGCUUAUGAUUCCUUCCUCAACAUAGUCCUAUGCGAUGAUGGAGGUGGUCUCUAUGAAUCUCUGAGGUGGCUGGCUAUGCUGAGGGAGAAAAGAUGCUUCCCUGGCAUAAAGUUUAUCGGUAAAGCCAUUGGUGAGUGUGUUAAGCUCAGUGAUGAACGGACGGCAAUCCUGCUCUGGAAUUCUCUUGUAGGAAGAAAUGGAUGCUUGCCCAAUACUGAAUUAUGCAAUUCAAUGAUCUCUCUCUAUUGUAAUUUGAAUCAGUUGGAUGCUGCUUAUAGAUUCUUCGAUGAUAUGGUCUUCUAUGGUGCGUUUCCAGACGCAAAAACUUACAAUUUGAUGCUUCCACUUCUGAUUAAUAACAAGAAGCUUAAAGAAGUGCAAUUGUUGCUUAAUGAGAUGGUGAAGAAUGAGUUUGCUCCAAGCUCAGUAAUUUGUGAUGCUACUAUGAAACUGCUCUUGGAUUCGGGGGAUUUGGAAAUGGCUUUGAAGGUCUGGAAGAUUAUGACUGAUAAUGGGAUUGCUGGGGAGCAGAUUGGGAACUCGCUGAUUGCGCAAUUGUGGUAUGGAAACCAGUUGCCAGAAGCAUGCAAAUAUGCAGAAGAGAUGAUUGAUAAAGGGAUCAAAUUGCAGUCAUCAACACUGUCAAAGUUGAGGCGAGGCCUUCAGCCAUUGGGUAAGUCUCAUAUAUAUGAUAACAUCCUUAGCAAAUGGAAAAAGGUCUCCAGCGACCAAAUUUUGUAGACUUGCAAUGCUUAGAUGUUAACUGCUCUGGUAAUGUUACUAAUGUUCCAAUUGCUCACCUCCAUUAUUUUGACUUUUCUAUGUUGAGAGAACUUUAUUGAGUUGCAACCUCUUUAAUUAGAUACUGCAAAUCACUUUGAUCUUAACUAUAAUGCGGAGCCUUUGGGUAGUUUGGUUACCAAAGAUUUGCGAGAAUAAAUUUAAUGUCUCUUGUAAAAUUUCGUAGAAAUGAAUAGAGAAUCAGGCUUUAUAAAGUUGACUCCAAAAGUUUGGGAUAA